AUGUCUACACUUCAAUCACCUUCUUUUACUAUUGAUCUUGAGCACUUGGAAGAAGAUGGACCAAGUCAAGAAUGCAAAGACAUCGACAUAGAGAAAGGUCAACUAAGUGAGUACCAUGGAUUUUGGAUCCCAACUUGGUCAUUGGAAGGAGUUAUGGCAUCACAAAAACAAUUUCAAGCUCGUGACACUGAUGUCUUAUUGGUGACUGCUCCCAAAGUUGGUACUACCUGGUUAAAGGCCAUCUUAUUCGCCUUAGUGAACCGGAUGCACUACCCCAACCUUCAAGAACAUCCUCUACUCACAAACCUCCCUCAUGCUCUUGUUCCGAUAUUGGAAGGAGAUAUGUACAAUAAAAAAAAGGUUAAAGAUCUUAAUCAUGCCUCUCCAAAACUCCUUUCAACUCAUAUGCCUUAUAAUUUGUUACCAACAUCUGUGAAAAACUCAACAUGUAAGAUUGUGUAUGUAUAUAGAAACCCUAAAGAUACAUUUGUGCACUUUGGCAUUUCAUGA